AAUUGCAUUGAAGUGCUUGGUUUCCACGCAUCGACAGUUUUGUUGAUACUGCCACCGAGUUCCGUGCUGUGAUUGAUUUAGUGUGUUUAAAACUACAUAUUUAGUAUAAAAACUACAUUUUGGACUUGCUGAGGAAAAUGACGGUGGCCUGGCGAGAUCUAUGCUGCGGCGUGCAGUACUUGCGCGCUAGAUGUUUCUUCAUCGGUUAUUUAAAUUUGAUUGCCAGUACAGUUGAUUUGGGCUGCCAUCUCGUCAUAUUGUCGGCUGUUACUAAUUUCUUCUCGUGUGAUGUGGACUUAAAUAUUCUCCACAACAUAAACUGGUCAUGGCUGGAGCCCUUCCUAGUGGUCAUCAACAUCGGGACCCACGGCUUCUACCCUUUCCCCCUAGUCCUGGGCUACUACGACAGUUUGGGGGUCCGGGGCACUCCUCGCUGCUACCCUGGCAUGGUGCAUCUGUAUUUGAUAGACCUGAUUAAUAUUGUGAUCCAUUGUGUGUGGCUGAGGCUUGUGAUAUCUUACAUCACGGCGCUUUAUAAGAAAGACGCAGACACCAUGCGGAUGUUCUUCAGUUUAUCUGUCAUCAAGAUAAUUCUCCAGCUUAUGUACUUUGCGUACACGCCGCUUCAUAUCACCCUGUAUUCGGACACCCUGUACAAUUCUUACUGGGUACUCAAGAUCCUCGACAUCUGUGUAGCCAUCACGUUCCUGCUGGUGAUGAACAGCUACAUCAAGGCCGUGCGCGCGGAGAAGGCGCCGGCGGCGGCGCUCGCGCAGCCCGACCAGCCGCCAUCUUACGACGAGUGCGCCGCGGUGGCGCGGGAGAAAACUGAAAAUAUACCUUAAAUUACCGAUUUGUGGCGAUGUGAUCAUGACUUUAGACGAAAGUGGAGGACCUGCGCGAAAUCGCGUUUUCAUACAAACGUAGUCCUCAUUUUCCUCUCUGGAUAUCAAUAUUAUUGAAAAUAUUUCGACACAAUUAGUUGUAUAUCAAUCACAGCUAAGUCCCUACGUUAAAUUUUUUCGAACUUUUAAUAAUUAUAAGAGUUAUGAGCAUUCAAAAAUUGUAUGAAAUCGGUUUUUUGCACCUAAUUUUAACAAUAAUCAUAAAAUCUAAAAAAGUCAAACGAAGUGGCAUAGCUAUGGUUAAUAUACAUCAAAUUAUGUAAAAAUAUUUUCCAUAAUGUAAAUAUUCAAAGAGGAAAAUGGGGACUACGUUUGUAUGGAAAAGCGGCCGUCCCCUUUCCUCUUAAGAGUCAUACAAACCUAGAGUUGGAUUAGGCUAACUCUACAUGGCAUUUAUCAAUGGCUGCUAAUGUCAUUUUAAUAUGUCAAGUUUCUAUGAAAAUAAUUUUAUUUCACUCGUGCAAAGUUAGCUUAGACGGAAUCUAGCCACCACCAUACAAUCUAAAUUACGCUCAUUUUGGAAACGAGUUUGCAAUAUUCUUACCCCCGGAGUUACACACAAUGUUUUUCAUCACACUUGCGAAGAAAAAACUUAAUUUUAAGCGAAAUAAUUCUUAAAUACGGCGACAUAUCAAACAUUCGACCGCCAUUUUGUAAUUUCUAAACAGGUGAGGCAUCGAAGGCACAGACCUAUUCGGCAUCCAGCCACGAUUGAAAAUGAUGUAAAAAUAUUUUAAACGGCUGUUAAAUCAAUCUAAUUAAAUAAUUUUAAAUAUAAACAAAAAUAUUCAUAAAAAGACUAUAACUCCCUAGUGUGUUAUAGUUUUUUUUCACAAUUUAUAACUCCUUUGGGAACAAUAUAGGCCGUUGUCCUUCAGUACACCUGCAUGAAAUAAGACCUUUUUCGAGCAAGUGUGUGAAUAGUAACAUAAUAUUUCUGGUACUAGAAGUUUCUAGAAAUUGUAAUACAAAGAAAGAGGGAGUCCAAUUUUUGUAAAGGAACACUUGUAACAGAAAUAAAUAUACGAAAAUGUUCAUGCAAAGUUUCAUGUAAUUUUAUCAUGAUGUUUUAAAAUGAGAGCGUAAGGCCGUCAGCACACAGCUUCGUAACGUAAGAGACGCGUAAGCGUAGCGUAAUAUGCGCGUAGAACAAGAGCACUACGUUCCUGCUGCACGAACAAGUUCAAACAAAUCCGCACACGAAGCGUCGUCGUAGCGUAGCGUAUGAGAUUUCUGUCGUCAUUACGACAGUCGUAGCGUAAAACUGGCGUAAAAAACAAAGCAUAGACUAAUGAGAUUUCACUUAGAAUUACGCUUACUUGACGCUUCGUGCGCAGAACUCUACGCGUCUCGUACUCGUAACGUUUUUACGAUACGCUUACGAGACGCUUACGCUUACGUUCCAUGUGCUGAGGGCGUAACUUUGACAAUUUGGGAGCGUCUUCUUGACGGAGGGUUUGUAUGACUCUUUUGAGAUUGAUUUUUAAUCUGUAGGGCUAAGAUGGUCGGCUCUUUAUCAUUUGUCACCAUGGCUGUCACGUUCUUACAAGUAUGUAAGCGCGAAAGUGACGGGCGUAGUGACAAGUGAUAAAAAUGGAACCAUGCUGACACCGCUGUAGCGGUAUCAUGGUCGUGUUUUUGUCACUUGUCAUAUCAUGCGUCACUUUCGCACUUACAUAUUUGUUAGAGCGUGACAGAUAUGGUGACAAAUGAUACACAGCUGACCAUCUUAGCCCUGCUGGAAUCUGAAUACUAGUAUAGUAGAGUCAGCAUCAAAGUAGCAGAGGAUUACGCGUUAAAUGUAACAAAAAGAUAUAUGUCUGUAUAAGUCCAACAAUUAGACUGCUACCGAUACUUAUGAACGCUAACUGAAUAAAUAAUAUAUCUUUAUUAGGAAAAUAUUCCGGGAUGGGAGAUAUUUUUGGCGUGAGGUAAAUUCAAAUGGACCAACUCUGUCGCACUUGUAAAUACGUUCGUAAGUGUGACAGGGAGGCAACACGUCAAACUUGGUCCUGGUAGGCCGUCAGUAUGUCUGUAUACCUAUCUGAUCUGUUAUUCAAAUUUUAUUGUUAAGCUUGAGAAAUAAUUAUCAACUUAUUUUAUUUGGUUCCUAAAUCACUAUUUUGUAAAUGUAAAUCAAUUAUGUAUUGUGUAAAUUAAAUUGUUUAUGUAUUUAUAAUAAAUUAUAAUACAAGA